AUGCCUGCCCAGUACCAUCUCCCAGCUAUCGCAGCGUUUCUUUCCGACGGAGGCCAUCACCUAGAUCAUCUGCUCUUACAACUGCCUGGCAGUACAGACAGCCACUAUGCCCUGCCCACCAUACCCCACUAUCCAGCUCAACUCGGCACUGCCUCCAUUGCUUCCACCUCUUCCCCCAGAGUUCAUACUUCCGCCGCAAUAUCUCAAUCUGCCCCCUCCCUACCCGAAGCGCUCUCGAAAUUCAAACGGGACAGCCGAUUCCACCACCCUCGCACAUUGGCCAUGAACCGAAACGGGAAACUCACCCAUCAAGCGGGCGGCACAAACAACAGUAGUCCGAUCCGCCAUCUCUUCAACGCACUCUUCAUGGAUCCUAACGAAAUCCCACACGGCUUGCUCGACCAGGUCCUCAAAUCCCAAUCGAUGAGGUCUCAAUUGGAUCUAAUCACCACUCUUCAGGAUAUCGCUACUCGGAUGGUCGUCGUGUCCAAGAAAGCCAGACUCUCAGCUCUGCGUGCCGAGCUGACCGUCCUCAACCACAGCCUCCCCAAAGGCUGCUGCUUGGGAAUGUACUGCAGCGGAGAUCAUUGUGACAAGGGUGAUAAGGGCGAGAAGAAGUCGGGGGGUGGCAGCAUGGAGGCCGAGCUGGGCGUCGGCGGCGGCGGAAGUUCAAAGCGGAAGAAGACGUGUCACCAGCGGAUCGUCAGGAUCUCGCCCAACGAGUCUGUCGUCCUCAACUGCGCCAACCGGGCCCCGUUCUUGAUCCACGUCGAAGUGCUCGAAGACCAUCUCGACUUCGACCCCAACCGGCGCUCAAACUACGAGGAUCUGAGGAAGGCCAUCAAGGGCUCUGCCAUCUCUGCCAACGAGACCGCCGACUCGAAAGCUCCAAAUCAAAACAUCUAUUUAUCUCAUCAACGGCUCCUCUCCUAA